UCUGUCUUAUUUAACGACAUCUCCAUCUCCAUCUCCACAAGAGGCCAGUCCACUAUCCACUCUCUCACUCAACCACACUCUAGCUGAGCUCGAUCUUGCUCCUCGACUACAGCAGGAGUUGGUUCUUCCGGAGUUGCGUAGCACAGCAGCAAGGCAGCUCUCCUUAGCAGAUUUAGUGAGGAUUAAAGGGUCCCCCCCCCCCCCCCCCCCCGGGCGGUCCCAUGGAGAAGGGGAGUAGGUCUCUGCAAUCUGCACCAUUAGAAACAAUAGCAAACGCCGGAAUGGAUAGUACAGCAAGGAUAUAUGAUAUGUACGAGACGAUGCUGGAGAAUAUACUGCAGGAUCCAAGUGAACCACCAGUGUCUCUGCCACUGGAAUUCUUGGAAGCCAUCACAGAUAAUUUCUCCAGUGACCAUGAACUCGGCAGGGGUGGUUAUGGAGUGGUUUACAAGGGAAUUCUCCGGAGCGGGAAAGUCAUUGCAGUGAAGAAGAUUUAUGAUGCGUAUUCUAUUGAGAAGGAUAACUCUUUAGACGAGAUCAGCCGUGUUAUGGGGAUCAUGCACCCAAAUGUGGUACAGCUCAUAGGUUAUUGUGCCGAAACUAAGAUGGAUACACUGACACACGACAGUGGGAAGCUGAUUGUCGCGGAAAGACGCUCACGGUUGCUCUGCUUCGAGUAUAUUAGCAAUGGAGGCCUCCAUAUGUAUAUUUCCAAAGAACAUUUGGACCUUGGUUGGGACGAGAUAUACAAGAUAAUUAAGGGGAUCUGUAGUGGUUUAGAUGCCCUUCACGAAGAAAAGAUUAUUCAUCUGGACCUGAAGCCACAGAAUGUAUUGAUGGAUGGUAAUAUGGAACCCAAAAUUGUCGACUUUGGUUUCGCAAGGCAGUUGGGCGAAAAUAAAUCCAAAAUAUACACUGAGAGGGCCACAGGAACAGUCGGAUACAUAGCACCGGAAUACCAUUUUCAUGGCAAAAUAUCUCCCAAGGCAGAUAUAUUUAGUUUGGGUGUUAUAAUGAUUGAGUUAAUCACAGGAAGUAGGAGCACGCCACAUUAUUCCUACACCUCUUAUGACAAUAAUAGCCUCGAUAGUACCCAAGCACAUCAGCAAUUCACCGAGAAUGUGCUUGGAAAAUGGAAGAAAAUAUUUCAAAGAACACUGCAUGAAGCAUCUGUCAUUCAAGUUUAUACCCAUCAGUUGAAGCAAUUGAUUGAUAUAGCCCUAAAAUGUGUGGACAUUGACGUUAAUAAAAGACCUACUGCAGCAGAUAUACUGCAAUUUUUUUAUCAGAAUGCAGCAGGAGGAAGUUCAUGUGAUCCAAUAUGCAAAAAUAGCCAGGUUAGAGAUCUCAUCAGCGUGCAACCCAUCGAGCUCAAAUUCCCCAUGGCAGAUCCAAACAAGUUCCAGAGGUCUUCAUGCUUGCUGCACUUAAACAACAACACAGUUGGACAUGUCGCCUACAGGAUGCUUUCCAAUAGUCUAUCGCCGCAUUUAGUUUGGCCGUCAUUUGGUUUUGUGCCUCCCGGGUGCAGGUACACUAUUGCUGUCACAAUACGCAACCAGCAAAAUCCACGACCCAGCAACGACAUGUUUUUUACACUAGAGAGCACCAGAGCGAGUGAUCAGGAAAUAAAGAACGUCAUUUCAAGGCAUUUAACGUCCGACCACAACGAUUUUUUUACGAAAGCAAAAGAUAAAGGCCGCCAGGUGCAUGAGGAAAAAAUUACUCCUGUUUAUGGGAAUAAUGAUCAGUCCGAAAUCAAGAUCGUACCCCUGGAAUGGUCUAGUUAUAAUUGGGCUUCCAUUGACGUGCAUCCAACGGAGCCAUGGAUUCUGUUGGUCCGUAGGGACAGCUCAACUAUCAUCGUCUGGGACUAUAACACGCAGGAGAUGGCACGCCUCCCAGCUUGCCGAGAUGAAAAAGUGUCUUCGUUAUUUGACCCAUAUGGUCAUGUAAUCACACCUAUUAUUGCAAAGUUUGUUGCACGAAAGAAGUGGAUUAUAGUCGGAUGUAGGUCUGGUUACAUAAAAGUGUACAGUUAUUGCGAACAGUCUCUGUUUUCUGAAACAGAGAGCUUUAAAGCGCAUGAAUAUGGUGAAGUAACCUCAUUGGAACUCCAUGAAACUGAGUCUUAUGUACUAUCGGCAGUCAGCGAAUGGGAUUCAUCCGUGUGGGAUAACCCAAUGGACAAGAUAAAGUUGUGGCACUGGGAGAACGGCUGGAAACUAAUCUGCACAUUUAACACGGAUAAAUUUAUUCGUCAGGUCAAAUUUAACCCAAAUGACGUAAAUAUAUUUGCUACUACGACUUCUGGUGGGCCGAUAAAGGUCUGGAAUACCAGUUCAAAAGAUUCAAUAUCUGAAUUUUCUGGAACACGACAUGCAAUGUAUUUGGAUUUCUUUUCAAGAGAUGGCGCGCUGUACAUGAUUAUUGUUAAAGAAUCGGAUAGGAGAAAUCCCACGAUAUGGGAUUACCAGAAAAUGAAAUGUGUUGCAACACUCAAAGGGCACACACAUGAUGUUAAUGUAGUCUUUUCGUGUCCUGAAUUUCGGGUACUGAUUACAGGUUCUAAUGAUGGGUCAAUUCGUCUAUGGAACUCAAGUACUUUCAGUCUUGUGGGUGUACUGAACUGUGGCCUCGGAAGAGUGAUGGCUAUAGCAUGGUUAAAGAAACCAGGAAGAAUUGCAAUCUUACUUCGUGAUGGAUUAGCUAUUACUGAAAUUGACCUGGGCAAUCAGUUGUCGACAUCUGAAGGACCGAACGAGUCAGAGGCAAGCUAGAUUGUUGGAGGAUUUAUGUAUAUUUUACACUACUUGAUACAAUUUCUGGAUUACAUGGAGAUUUGGGUUCAGUGCUUGUUUAUCGUUGCCCCCACCAUUUGUGCAUUAGACAAAAGUACUGUUCGAGCAAAAGAGAUUAACGUAAAUCGUUAGCCAAUCUGCUAUUGUGUCGACAACUGUGUAACCGCUCCACACAUGUAUAUGUUUUACGUAUGUUUGCAAUGCUUUUGCUGUCGAUGAGGACCAACUAGAACAAA